CACUUGGUAACCUCGUCAUAAGUACGUCACACACGCUUAUUUCAGUCUUCCCCACUUGUAGUGUAAUGGCAGGAACUGUGCUGACAUGAUGGGAGGCUACAGACAUGCGGUAGUUGUGGGGAACGCGGAAAUUUAAGUCUGCCUCCGAGAUCUUGUUGUAGUCGUGCAGCAGUUGUGAGAAGCAGGAUCACCCUGCUGUAAAUCCGUGUUGUCCCGAAUGGUUCUAUGUAGGGCACUUACUACCAGCAGAGUGCAAUGAAUAUAUUGAUGAGUGCGGGAUGACCAGUUGGCUGAGAGACUCACCACUGCGCGUGUCGCUUGGGCGACGUCGUGCACCUUCACCUCUGCACGAUGUUGACCCUGCUGCUGCCUUUCACUCAUUCAUUAAACAUUGGCAACAAACCUGUGAAAUUUUUUCAAGAACUCGGUUAAGGGGUGAGGUGAGUGCUGAUGACGUGACAGCCGUGAUAAAUCACCUGGCCCAGAUGGUCACGUUGCUUUUGGUGGACCUGAAGCAGAUAAAGACUCACAGUGCACGAAAUCAAAAUGGCAUACCACAGAAAGUUUCUACGGGAGUCAAUGGGAGGGACGCGACCAUAGGUAAUCCCUUAGAAGAUAUACAGGAAGUCAACAGCCAGCACUCGUCUCUGCCGGCAGAAGAUCCUCCUCACACUCCAAUCUUUGAUCACUUCGUUGGUGAAGAAAUCCUUGACACUAUUUUGACGUGGAGCCUCAACACUGGAGAGUUUGUGAAUGCCUUAAAACUGGAACAACUGAAGGUACAUGAACAACUUUUGAGUCACUCAAGACAAGAAAUACUUGUGUACAAGCCCAUCAUCCGUCCUCUACUGCGACUCUUGGCGUCAUGUGGUGGUUGCGUUCCUGUGGAGGUUGAGAAACGUCUUGUUGUGCUUCUCAAUCAACUGUGUGUGUCACUCAUGCAUAACCACCAUUUACUGGAUUUCUUCUUUCAGUUCUCCAAUGAUCAAGGUCCUACCAAGUUCGUGAUCUUCUCUCUCUUACUGCCAUUUGUUCACCGGGAGGGGGGCAUUGGGCAGCAAGCCAGGGAUGCAUUGCUUCUUUGUAUGGCACUGUCUGCAUCACACACCUCUGUUGGCCAGUACAUUGCUCAACACUCAAACUUUUGUCCUGUAUUGGCAGCAGGCCUUAGUGGUUUGUAUUCUAUGCUGCCACGCUCGCUGUCUGUUGAGUCAGAUGGGUGGCAUCGCCUGUGUAUGGAAGACAUAGCUGAUAUUUCUCAACUCCAGCUGUUUUUGAAUUCCUUAGAAUUCUGCAAUGCAGUUGUUCAGGUUGCCCAUCCUCUAGUAAGGAAGCAGUUAGUGGAGUUCUUGUAUCAAGGAUUCCUUGUUCCUGUCUUGGGUCCAGCACUGCAUCAGGGUGAUGCAGUCAAUGGGGAUAUUGAAGCACACAACACUCCUGUUUUCCUGUCAGUGGUUGGGGAGGUCGUUGCAGCUACAGCAUACGUGGAGUUGUGUUUACGUACCGUGACAGAGCCAGAGUUGCGCAGAGUGUUCCUGGCCUUCCUACUCGUCUCUCCCAACAGUCCUGCUUUGGAGCCUCCCAUUAUUUCUAUUCUUAUUUCAAGACUACACUCGCCUAACACGCAACUUUGCCUAGUUACAUUGAGUCUGUUUUGGACAUUGGUUGAGCUAAAUUGUGAAGACUUAAUGGUGGCACUUGUCUUUCAAUACCUGACACCUUGCACGCACGUGAUGCUCUCCCAACGCUCUCGUCUCACUCAGCCUCCGGACCCUGCAGCCAAGUCUUCUCUUAGGCUUGUUCAUCUUAUCCCUGAUGUGUGUCAGGCAGAGAACUCCCAAAAGCAGCCAGAAGUGUUAGAGCCUUCACGCACACAGUAUUCAUCAACUACACCUCAGUCAUCACCAACUACGUUCCUUGUGCCACGCCAUCAACGAUCGCUAUCCAAUGCAUCUACCUGUUCAUCAGAAAGUGAUCUUAUGUCUUUAGACCAACCAACAACAUACUCAUAUUACCUUAAUGAAGCUCAAAUGAGCAUAGCAGCUUGUAAAGGUGCGUGCUCAUGUUGGGCAUGGCGAUAUGAUGGCCUUAACCCAUCACCUACUCAAGCUGUGGAGAUGUUGGAUGCUGCUCGUCUUAACCCACCGGUGUUAUAUCCUAAGCUUCGUUCUCACUCGGAUCCUACAACUUCACAGUCAUCGGAUGCAUCACAAGCAGAGGCCAGAAUUCGUAGCACCAGUUUGCCUUCUGAUGUCAGAACUAGUAAGAUUGAUAUAAAACCAGUGCUCAAUGGUGUAUGUGAUAUUGAACAUAAUGUGAACAGAUCAGCUCAAUCUGGAACGUUUGGAGGGAGAGGAGAGAGGAUAAUGGGCCAAGGUGGGGAAGAAGAGAAUCUUGACUCACUUGGGGAGAGCAGUGGCUAUGAAAGUUUUAAUAUUAGAGCAUCAAGGGAUUCUUCUCCAGUCAAUAGCUCAGAUGGGUCACCUAGAAGUCAAAUAGUUAAUCAAGGGUCAUCUAGUGUGUGUGCCACCAGUGAGUCUAUAGAGAAAAAAGAUUCAUAUAUGUCAAAUGAAGAUGAUCAGGAAUUUAUUGAUUCUCUACAAAGAUCAUCAACUCCUACAGAGCUUGCUGGGCUUGAGGAAACGUUGCGUGAAAUAGACCAAGCUUUUACUUCUUUUAAGAUAUAUGAUGUCAGCUUGUCUAAGUCCUACAAUAAGGUGUAUCGUCUGGAGAUAACAGGAGAUGAAGGGGAGUGGGUGGGUCCUCCAUGGCACAGUCAUGAACCGUCGCCAGAAGUAACAGAGAAGGCCGCUGCUUCAGAGUCACAGCCACGGCCAACAAUAGGACCAUUCUUGGAAGCACUGAUGUUACGAAUAGAUCAGAUGUUGUCGUCCAGCAUUCAUGUCAACCUACUGGUGAUGACAAUAAUGAGUCGCCUGGCCACGUACCCAACGCCACUCCUCUCUUCGUUGUUACUUGACACGUCUAUUGUCUUCCAACCUUCUGUUCGAUCAUUAGUACAGGUGAUAAGUGGCUUGAAACAGAGAAUUGAUAGCCUUCUUACUUCUGAAGAUACACCUCUACUAGCAGAAGCCAGAACAUGGUUUGUUAGGAGAUUGAUUGUUCCACGAUUUUCUCCUUCCACUCCUCGCACGCGUUCAGUGUCUUCAUCUUCAACGGACACCCCUCUUGUCAGAGGUGAAGGGAAGCGACGUAGCAUCUCGCAAACAAUGACUGCCUUGUUUCGACGCACUACCAACACUGAGCGGCCAACAAUCAAGGAGUCGCCCCUUGAAGAUCUUCCUGAUAAAUCUGGUUACAGGUAAGAUUAAGUUAUUUAUAUAUCCAAGAC